UUCAGCGAACAAGCUUCGAACCGGAAGUGUUCAUGGAAGUUUCGUAAAUGCGGUUUAAAUCUGUUUUCAUGCUCCCCUUUGGUAUGAACGACUUUUACUUUUUACGAAGCUAAUAGGCAAGCUCAUUUCGUAAUGGACAACAGGAGACGACACAGAGAAUCUCCUGUCCGGGAUGUAAAGACAAAAAUUAAGCAAGAAAAAGUGAGUCCCACGCGGCCUCCGCGCCUUCGCCGAUCCAGUUCAGGCUCCGGCCGAGGCAGCAACAGCCCUCCACCGAGACGACGAGACAGCAGAUCACCUGACAGGAGAAAGGACAGGUCGCCAGCGAGGAGAGACCGUUCAUCGGGCAGACAGCAGGAGAGGUCACCUCGAGCUCGGAGGAGUAGAAGCCCACAGCGCAGCACUGACGUAAGGUUAAAGCGGGAGCAAGAUGAUCACAGAGGAUCCGAAAGUCAUAGGCAUCGUGAGAGAAGGGAUAAUUCAGAUGAUCGCAGGAUGAAAAGGGAGGGAGAGCGGCUAAGGCAAAGAGAGCGAGACAGAGAACAGGACAGGAAUAGGGGAAGAGAACGGGAUGCCCACCUACAACAGCAACAGCAGGCUGAGAGGGAGCGGCAUAAUGAACUGCGGCGGGAGAAUCGUCUCAGGCAAGAGGCUCAGAGUGGCAGUGGUGAUGAGGCACAUGAGUUCGGCAGUAAACAGGCUGAUGAUUCUGCACCUGCAGUGGAGAAGGAAAAGCCCAACUUUGAACUAUCAGGUGCCUUGGUGGAAGAUACCAAUACAUUCAGGGGGGAGGUGAUCAAGUAUAAUGAGCCUCCCGAGGCCCGAAUACCUAAACGAAGAUGGCGUUUAUAUCCCUUUAAGAAUGACGAGCCCCUUCCAGUCAUGUACAUCCACAGACAGAGUGCGUAUCUACUUGGAAGACAAAGGAAGAUUGCAGACAUUCCUAUCGACCACCCUUCUUGUUCCAAACAGCAUGCUGUUUUUCAGUACAGAUUAGUGGAGUUCACACGGGCUGAUGGCACUACGGGCAGGAGAGUGAAGCCAUAUAUCAUCGAUCUGGGUUCUGGAAAUGGAACCUACCUGAACAAUCAGCGUAUAGAACCUCAGCGCUACUACGAGCUCAAAGAGAAGGACGUGCUGAAGUUUGGCUUCAGCAGCAGAGAGUAUGUGCUCCUUCAUGAGUUCUCCGACACAACCGAGGUUGACGCAAAGAAGGAGGAAGAAGAGGAUGAGGGCCUGGAUGAGGGCCUGGAUGAGUAGUUCUCACCUCAGCGUUUACCAAAGUUACCUGUUUUGUGCUGGAAUCUUCGAAAGAAUUUCAUCUGUAAGAUCAGAACCAGCAUGAAUUUAUUAAUUCAGAAUUUCCUUUUGGACAAUGAAAGAAUCUUGCUUCAGCUUGCCCAGUUGUCUGUAUGACUAUUCUCAGGUGGAUAGCUUUUGUAUCCCAUCAAACUGUGUACAGUGUUGUCCUUCAAAGCAAGUGCUCAAUGCCAGAACUUAAUCUUCAAAAAGCAUAUAUUUUGGAUACUCUUGAAGUAGUGAAUAUAAUGUCCAGAUUUGGUUACUGUAAAUAUACUGGAUGUAUUUGAUGUGAGUGCUUGUGUUUUCGUUUGUAUUCUAUGUGAUUAGAUACAUACUGGGUCCUGGUUAGUUGAACCAGAUUUUUUGCAGCAGAUUAUCAUCCUCAUGGUUAUGAAGAAAAAUCUGAGACUCAUUUGAAUAUUGCAUAUUGAUAACGAUGGCGUCUUACUUUAGAUAUUUGCUGUUCUCUCACAGUACAUUCAUAUUUGAUUUUUAGAUGUUUUGUAUUGUAAAAUAAAGAUGGAUAAUAAUGAGUGUUGGCCUUUUGAUUGACAGCACACAUUGUAAGAGUAAAUGAGGAAAUCUGAAAGUGAUUUUCUAAUUCUAACUUUCUAAUUAUGUAUGCAGUGAAUAUAGUGUUAUAUAAUUAAAAUU